AUGCAAUCUCCAAGACACUUCCAUUUUUCAGCAGUGCAGCGUAUCAUUAAAUAUCUCCUUGGCACCUCAAGUCGUGGCUUAUUCUUUCCUGGUAAUUCAUCUCUUCAACUCCAAGCAUAUAGUGACACUGAUUGGGCUGGUUGUCCAAAUACUAGGAGAUCAACUACUGGCUGGUGUAUGUUCUUAGGGAAUGCUCCUAUUUCAUGGAAAUGUAAGAAACAAGAUUCAGUCUCUAAGUCUUCCACUGAAGCAGAAUAUCGCGCAAUGUCUGCUGCUUGUUCUGAAAUAAUAUGGCUUCGUGGUCUUCUUACAGAGCUUGGAUUGUCUCAAGCACAACCCACUCCACUUCAUGUUGAUAACACCAGUGCCAUACAGAUUACCGCAAAUCUAGUUUACCAUGCACGGACGAAACACAUCGAGGUCGAUUGUCACUCUAUCCGAGAAGCGUAUGAUCGUAGAGUCAUCAAUUUACCACAUGUCUCCACAUUUGUUCAAAUAGCUGACAUUUUCACUAAAUCAUUGCCACGCCAGUGUCACAAUUUUCUACUUGGCAAAUUGAUGCUUGUAGAUUCACCAACAUCAAUUUGA